AUGAUCCAUCCAGAUAAAUGUGAGGACAGAGAAGAUGGAAGCACUUGUAACAAUAAAAAUAAGCAAUUGCACCCUCCCAGCCUCUGCCCCCCACCACGGUGCAGGCACAGUCGCCGCAACUGGUCUUCAUUUAGUCUGAGAGAGCUUCUCUGGCGCCGCACCGCAAGCCAGAAGACGGCUUCCAUCCAGCUCACCCCAUGCCAGGCAGGAGUGUCCUUAACCUGGGACGGCAGUGACUGCGUGAGCAGCAGGAAAAGCAGCGACAACCGUAAAGAACUGACGGGUAUCGACGCAGCGAGCCAGGCCUCAGAAGAGGAAAAGCAGAAGAAGCGGAGUUUUGCUGCAGGCGGCGUGCGGAGGUCGCGCAGCAAAGAGGAGCGCCAAGGGUGGCAGAGGACCGGCGCGGUGGAAAUUGCUGAGGUUUGCCCAAGGCCGCAGCCUCGGAACUGCCUGAAUACAUUUGGAGCGGCGGCGUCGGCAGGGAGAAGAGAAGGGAGAGAGAAAGAGAGGAACAUCAGUGUGAGAGAGAAACAUCAGUUGGUUGCCUCUCGUGCGCCCCCAAAAGGGAACCUGGCCUGCAACCCAGGCAUGUGCCCUGACAGGGAAUUGAACCAGUGACCUCUUGGUUUGCAGGCUGGCUCUCAGUCCACUGAGCCACACCAGCCAGAGUGAGAUGAUAAUUUUUAAAAAAUGUAUUAAUGUGAAUAAAAUUACUUGCUCUUGUUAAACCAACCUUGCAUUUCUCAGGUAAACUGAACUUGGGGGGGGUGUGUGUGUGUAUGUGUAUUUCUUUAUACAUUGCUACUCUUGGUAUGCUAAUAUUUGUUAACUUUUUAAAAUCUCUGUUCAUGGAUUAAUA